GUUGGACGCCAAGUGUCGCUCGAUUCGCAUCGCCGUCACUUCCAGUGAUUACCCGAGUAAAUUCUUCCAAUCUGUAUCCUAUAAUUUAGUUAUCGACCAAGACUUAUUUAAUAGCAGUUAAUCUAACAACAAAAGACUUUUACGUUACCGGUACCAUACCACUUCAAUUCUUUAAAAUUUAGUUCGAUCUAGACUUAUUGAAUAACAGAGUGCUUCUAAGAACAAUAGACUUUUUACGACUGAAAUUCUUAUGACACUUCAAAUGGAGUCUGGUCCGAACAUUUUCAAAACUUCUGCGAAAAACGGGAAUUCGGGAAAUUUUCAAAAUGAGUCCGUCCAACAUGCGGCUCCGACCAUCACCCAACCAGCACAACCCGACUUGGAGGUGGAGUUCGAAGUCACAUAUCCAAUCAGACCUCACCAUCAUCCCGUCUGUGCUCUCUGGAAUGCUGUCACUUCGGCGGCGUCAGGGGGCGGCGGAGGUGGAGGGGGUAGCCAUGGCGGUUUCCAUGAGGUGGCGCGGAUGAUGGAUUCGCUGUACAUCGAUCCAUUCGCGCCGUUCGGCUUCACAAAGAUCACGGCCACUCAUCGGCCGACGGCCGCCGUACGUGCUAAGCCGCACCAGUCUGCGACUGCGGCCGAGCAUCACAAACCGCAUCAGUCUGCGACUGCGGCCGAGCAUCACAAGCCGCACCAUCGUCAGCCGGCUGCCAGUGUUGCUCCUGUGAGGCACCACCAUCAUGACGACGGUGGUGGAAGUUUGACAGUGCCAAAGUCGAAGGCUUCAGCGACAAGCGAGGACAGAAGAUCUCAGCAGCAGCAACAAGGCAACAGCAAUAGCAGCAGUGAGAACACAGCCGGUGACAGGUGGGUGGCCUCUCUAAGACGGAGGGACCCCGAGAUACAGCCUGUGCUUCCAGCCAUUGCUAACCGAUCCAGACCGGUAGUGCAGGUGAGCGGAGUGCGGAAAAGCCGCUCGGUAGAGACGGCGGCGCGUAAGGAACAGCGCAAGAUCAGUCUGCGACCGGUCGUCAAGAAGAUUGUGCCGCAGGACGGGGGCGGUAACGGAGGCGGUUGCGGCAGCGGAGGCGGCGACAGUAGCGGCUACUCGUCCACGGGCGGCGAAGACGACAAGAUGGACGCCGAGGAGCGGCUGCCGUUCAGUGCGGCUGUCACGGGAUACGAGCCGCAUCUGGUAGAGAUACUUGAAAGGGAUAUCUUGCAGCGCAACCCUGACGUGCAGUGGGACAGAGUGGCUGGAUUGGAGGAGGCCAAGACCGUUCUGCAAGAGGCCAUGGUGUUGCCGAUGCUCAUGCCUGACUAUUUCAAGGGGAUCCGGCGGCCUUGGAAGGGUGUCCUGAUGGUGGGCCCCCCUGGCACAGGCAAGACCAUGCUGGCCAAGGCGGUAGCCACUGAAUGCGGCACCACAUUCUUCAAUGUCUCCUCUUCCACACUCACUUCCAAGUAUCGCGGCGAGUCCGAGAAGCUAGUCAGGCUGCUCUUCGAAAUGGCGAGGUUCUACGCUCCAAGUACAAUCUUCAUCGACGAAGUCGACUCUCUUUGUUCUCAAAGAGGCUCAGACUCUGAACAUGAAGCGUCCAGGAGGUUCAAAGCUGAACUGCUCAUUCAAAUGGAUGGACUAAAUUCUAGUGGUAAUGAAGAUAAAAGUAUGAUGGUUCUGGCAGCAACCAAUCAUCCUUGGGAUAUCGACGAAGCGUUCAGGAGACGCUUUGAGAAACGUAUCUACAUUCCAUUACCUGAUGUUGAUACAAGAACAGCGCUGUUGAAAUUGUGUUUGGAAGGAAUAGCAAUUGAUCAAGAGUUGGACACAAGCAUGAUUGCCGAAGACUUGGAAGGUUACACUGGAUCCGAUAUUACAAAUGUUUGUCGAGAUGCCGCCAUGAUGUGUAUGAGACGGAAAAUAAAUGGCCGCACCCCGGCUGAGAUAAAGAAGAUGAAAAGAUCGGACGUUGAUUUGCCAGUUACAGCGCUGGACUUUGAAGAAGCAAUGGCAAAGUGUAAAAAGAGUGUCAGUUCCAAUGAUGUAGUGCGGUACCAGGCAUGGAUGGAAGAGUUUGGAGCGUGUUGAACAAUUCAGACCAAAGUUGAGGAGAUAUACCGAAAAAAUUACGAAGUUGAGUGGUUCCUGAUGGAAAAUGAAGCCAAAAUUUCCAACUUCAAGAUGUGGUUCAUGUUGGUAGAGAGUGAGAACCAAGGUAAAAUUCACGCCAUCAAACAUGUCUGUCCAAUUAGACAUUGAAAAUAACUCUCAUCUUGACUUGUAGUUGGUAGUAGAUUGGGAUGAAUUUGAAGCUACGAAACUAACCGUACUCCAUUAAAUCUAGUUGACAUACAACGCUAGUUUAUUUUACAAACUAGCAAUAUUUGUACCUAUCCAAUCCCAUCAUUAAAUCAUAAUCCUAUUCAAAUAGUUUGGAAGUUGGAAUUCUUUGAGGCAUUGUCAUUAAAAUGAUACUCAUACUAUUUAUAUCCUUUUUAAAAUUAUUCUCGUUUCAAUAUAUCUUUCUUAUCUUGACUUGUAAUAGUAGAUGUUAGAAAUUCCUGUAAGGGUUAUUAAUAGAAGAGUAAACUAAACUCAGGUAAAACAACAUUUAGUAAUGUAGGCUUUAUUGUAAUUAAUUUAUCAGACAAUCAAACUUAUUGAAUCGACUGAUGUGCAAGUAGAAAUUUAUAAAAUGUGUCAUCUAAUUUUUUAUGAAUGAUUCGGCUCAUUGUUUUAUCUGUGGUAAGUUUUGGACUAAGUGAUUUAUUUUGUUUUGAAGAUUGUUUGUUUCUAGAAUUUGAAUGAUUUGUUAUGUUUCUAAAUUUAAUAAAAUUAUUGUUCAGGAA